AUGCAGAGACUGUAUAAACUUGGGGCUCGAAGGGUUUUAGUGACAGGCACAGGGCCAUUAGGAUGUGUGCCAGCAGAAUUGGCAUAUUACAGUAGGAAUGGGGAAUGUGCAGAGGAAUUGCAACUUGCGGCAUCUCUUUUCAACCCACAAUUGGUUCAGAUGAUAGACCAACUCAACACAGGAAUAGGUCACAUUGCCUUCAUUGCAGCCAACACCAAUCAAAUGAACAUGGAUUUCAUCUCAAAUCCUCAAGCUUUUGGAUUUACAACAUCGAAGAUAGCUUGUUGCGGACAAGGACCCUAUAACGGCGUAGGCCUUUGCACACCUGUAUCAAAUUUGUGCCCAAAUAGAGAUGAAUAUGUGUUUUGGGACCCUUUCCAUCCCUCUGAAAGGGCUAAUAGACUCAUUGUACAACAAAUUCUGACAGGUUCAAACGCUUAUAUGCACCCCAUGAACCUCAAUACUGUCAUGGCUUUGGAUUCAAGGGCAUGA